AGCCACCAAAUCGACGCGCAGUCCACGAGUCUAGCGUCCCAUGCGGCACGGCUCGACGCACAAAGCUUGGCGCUGGAAACCCAAGAAGCCGCACUCGAGGCGCAGGCUAUCGCGCAAGCAACCUUCAUCGACAAUUGCCCGCAGCAAAUCCUCGCCGACGCAAUGCAAAAGAUCACGCUCGGCUUGUCUACAGAGGAGCUCGCUUCGCUUUCCCAGCAACUCUGUUGCUUGGAGAACGCCCUCGAGCAUGCGACGGAGCCCACGGACGAGAUCCGAGCGUCGCUGACGCAAGUGCACGCGGACCUCGCCAGCAUCCCGACCGACCCCACCGCAACGCCUGAUGAGCUGGUGCUGGUGCCAAUGGUUGAGCGGCUACGCAAGAGCCUCGCGCACCUUGGCACCAACUUGGACGCUCUCGCAACGAACGAUGCGACACCCGGGAUGGAUGGCGACGAGAACGUCGAUGGGGAUACGUGGCAGUCGGUGCUGUCGUCGAUCUCCCUCCCCACGGCGUUGGCCAAACUUGAAAGCGGUAGCAUCGCCAAGGAGCUCGAACAGCAAGCGACACCCAUGACACCGCUCUCGGUGCACGAGGCACUGGCCGAGAAGGUGCAGCGGCUGCUUCAAGCGGCGGACGACCAACAAGAAGCUUACGACGCACGCAUGUUUGCCGUCGCAACAGAGCUUCAGAUCGCCCAAGAGACCAACACAACCUCGUCCCAUGCAAAUGCAGCGCUGGACGAGCUUCGCCAGCAGUUCCAGACACUUCCGACCUCGGACAUGGUCUCGCAGCUCCACGCAUCACUCAAAACCAAAGCGGACAAAGCCGACAUUGCUCGCUUGCAACGGGACCAGAAUGACCAGCAGUCGACCGUCGGCCUGUCCAAGAUUCCGCUCAAGUGUCUCUCUUGCGACCAGUACCUUCCGCGGCCCAAGUUUGCAUCGACGAACGAGGCAUGGAAUCCGGCAGCGCCAGUCGUGUCGCCCCGCAACACGGUGAACCUUCGACCGAUCGAGGUGCCGAAAAGAGAUCGUGCGACCACAGCCAGUGCACUCCGAACAAGCGCCGGCGGUCCGUCUCGCGCGAUCGUAGGUGCCAAACUGACCAAGCCGCGCGUUGAAUAUGUCGAGAACGUUGUCACCAAGCUCGAGAGACCCCGUCCAAUGACGGCCGAGCCGCGCGGGUAUACACUGCAGAGCACGCCGUUCGAGAUGGCGAUGCCGGGCGACGCAACACCCUCUUCGGCGUCGUCGUCGUCGUUGAGACCACCCACGUCAUCGCUGCUCUCGGACAAGCAGCGCUACUCGUUCUAUUACCUUGGCAACAACAACAGCAACAACACCAACAACAACACAAGUGGCUCAUAA